CUCACAAGUUUCUCCUCCUGAGCUGUCCUCCUCCCCGCCCCAAAGCCCCCGUGCUGAAACUCCAUUCCUGUCUGCCAGCCCUCGAACGACACGAACGAGGCCGACCUGACACAACACCUGACCACGCAGGUACGUCGGUGCGUCAGAGGAAAAAGGAAGUUGCGGGAUGAAGUUAAAAGCUUUCAACACAGUGCAGCUCUGCAGAACACCCACCACGGAAGAAAGGCAGAACAAAAGUGCAGAAGCCUGAAGAGGAGAUAAUGAAAGUACGCCUGGGGUGGGUCAACAUCGAGAGAAAAAGAGCUGCCUGGAGAAAUUAAGGAAGGCAAAAAAAAUUAAAAAUGGAGUUGUGGCGGCAGUGUGCGAUGUGGUUAAUUGAGUGCCGAGUUCUGCCUGAGAACCAUAGAGUCACAGUGGGGCAUGCCCAGGUAUGUGACCUGGCUCAGGCUCUAAGAGACGGCGUGCUGCUGUGCCAGCUGCUCAACAACCUGCUGCCUCAGGCGGUCAACCUAAAGGAGAUCAACCUGAGGCCACAGAUGUCGCAAUUCCUGUGCCUGAAGAAUAUCCGGACGUUUCUGGGAGUGUGCCAGGAGAGGUUUCAUCUUAAGAAGAAUGAGUUAUUUGAAGCCUUCGAACUGUUCGAUGUCCGGGACUUUGGAAAGGUCAUCAACACGUUGUCCAUCCUGUCCCAUUCACCUAUUGCUCUACAGAGAGGACUUCAGCCGUUUCCCAUGGAAGAAUGUGCCUCUGAUGAUGAAAUCUAUAGCGGACUGUCUGACCUAAUAGAUGACACUGUGGAUGAAGAUGAUGACUUUUAUGAUUUUGUGGAAGAUGAAGAAAACGAAGGGGAUGAUAUCUAUGAAGACUUGAUGAAAACAGGCGAACCGCCUGAGAAUCAUCAGAAGACUGGUGUGGACAAGCGGGAGUGCUGCCUGCAGGAAAUCCGACAAACUGAGGAAAAAUACACAGAUACACUGGAGUCAAUACUACAGCACUUUAUGAAACCUCUUGAAAGGUUUCUCCAGGUUGGAGACCUUGAAAGUAUCUUCAUCAACAUAAAGGAGUUGGCCGCCACCCACCGGCGCCUUCUGGAAGAAGUCCGGAGCUCCAUCUUAGGUCACGGAGCGAAAAAUCUGUACCAGGUGUUUGUGAACUACAAGGAAGAGUUGUUACUGUAUGGUUACUACUGUAGUCAAGUGGAGGCAGCAACCAAACACCUGGACAGGCUUUCCAAUACGAGGGAGGACAUCAGGAUGAAACUGGAGGAGUGUUCAAAGAGAGCAAACAAUGGGCGUUUUUCACUGAGAGAUUUACUCAUGGUUCCUAUGCAGAGAGUCCUCAAAUAUCAUCUGCUGCUACAGGAGCUGGUCAAACACACCACAGACGCAUCAGACAAAGAGAACCUUCGAAAGGCCUUGGAUGCCAUGAAGGACCUGGCACAGUGUGUCAAUGAAGUCAAACGAGACAAUGAGAUCAUUAAGCAAAUAACCACCUUUCAGAUGUCCAUUGAAAACUUGACUCAGUCUCUGGCUCUUUAUGGUCGCCCCAAGAUCGACGGAGAGCUGAAGAUCUCCAGCUCGGAGAAAAAGUCCAAGCAAGACAGAUACGCCUUCCUUUUUGAUAAGGCCGUGAUCGUUUGCAAGAAGAAAAGCGGCGAGACGUUUGAGCUGAAGGAAAUCCUUGAACUAAAUCACUACCAAUUACGAGAUGAAGUUUCAGGGGAGAAGGAAAACAAAAAGUGGGCCCAUUUCUUCCUGCUGCUGGACUGCUAUGGCAGAUGUGGAUACGACUUCUACUUCAAAACGAGGGAGCUGAAGAAGAAAUGGCUGGAGCAGUUUCAGAUGGCAAUGUCAAACAUGAAUCCGGAUAACUACUCAGCAAAUAACCAUGAUUUUCAGAUGCACUGCUUUGAGGACACGACAUCCUGCAAGGCCUGCUUGAUGCUGUUGAGAGGGACCUUUUUCCAGGGGUAUCAGUGUUCUCGCUGUAAAAUGGCCGCACAUAAAGAGUGUUUAGGCAGAGUUCCAGGCUGUGGACGAAAUUCUGGUAAUUCUGCCACUUUAAAGAAGAAUAAAACACAAAAAGCACCAGGACCUCCUAGCUUUGGCUUUCCUAAGAUGGAGGUGAAUCAGGAAUAUUACAGCUUGCCUCCGCCUCCUGUGGGUUUCGGACAGCCACUUCAGCUUUCCAAAGGGGACCUGAUUGAGCUGACCCGUGCUGACCCUGACCAGGCCUGGUGGGAGGGAAGAAAUCUCAGCACGGGCCAAAUGGGAUGGUUCCCCUGCCAAAAAGUUCACCCUUACAUCUCAAAGCCGGCCCCAAACCUGUCAGUCUACAACUGGUUUGCCGGGAACAUGGACCGCACUGCAGCCAAAAACCUUUUAAUGUCUCGCUCUGAUGGAACCUUCCUGGUGCGGCAGAAAGAUGGCGGGGAAUUCGCAAUCAGCCUGAAGUUCAACAUGGACAUCAGACACAUUAAGAUCACCACCAGUGACGGCCUGUACCGCAUUAAUGAGAAGAAAGCCUUCAAGUGUUUAACUGAUAUGAUUCAGUUUUACCAGCAGAACUCCCUAAAAGAAUAUUUUCGGGAUGUGGACACCACGUUACGCACGCCUUACAAGCAACCAGAGCAAAGCAACUCGUCCAACAACACACAAAAUGCUGCACCAGCAGGGGGCAGCAUGAAGUACUUUGGUGUAGCCAGAGCCAGGUAUGACUUCUCCGCCAGGGACCGCUCAGAGCUGUCACUGAGGGAGGGCGACACCAUCAAAAUCCUCUCCAAGAAGGGUCACAGCGGCUGGUGGAAAGGAGAAGUCUACGGAAGGGUGGGCCUUUUUCCUUCCAACUAUGUGGAUGAAGAUUACUCUGAUUACUGCUGACGUACCAACACAUUAUUUGAAUGUGAAAGUAAUAUAUAUGUGAGGGUCUGCAUAUAUGUGCUUGAAUGUGGUUUGUUUUGAAUGAAUGAGUGAAUGGUAUUGUGGUGCGCCGUCAUAUAAAUAAACAGUUGAACUAAA